AGUAACUCUAUGCAGUCAACAGUCUUCCAGCACUCAGUUAAAGGCCUGCUUUUCGUGGAAGAAAAAGUCUAUGAGUGUUUCAAGCAUGGCAUCUCUCAGGUCGGGACAUUUUGCACUAGUCCUAGUUUUCGUUUUCGCACUAAGUUUGCAAACAUUGACUGAUGGACAAGGCCACUUUUGCGAAUGGAUCGGACAUUCUCCGUUCUGUUUCGGAGAGUGUCCUAAACUCACCUAUCCGAUCACGACUGCGAAAAGCGACCCCGUGAGAAUCCCGGGUUUCAGCAGGGUUCUUCCAUAUUUCGGUCGUUCUUGUGUCACUGGAUCGAAGAAACUUUGCUGUGGCGGAAAUGGACUGUUUUUUCCCGACAAGUAAAAUCUAAAAACAGGUUCAGUCAAAAUUAUGAACCAACGGCGUGCUUCUUUUUUUGCCUAAAAUUUUCUGGCUUCAUUGGAUGAUGCCCAAUUAUUUUCUCGCUCGGAAAUGCAUUUUUUCCAUUCUUUCCUGAAUGUGUGAGAAAUUCAUUGAAAUGCUUGAAUGGAUGCCUCGGAUAUUUCAAAGGAAUGAUUUAAAUAUAUUUAUUUUAAAUGUUCUGCUGGUGUACAUUUGUGUGCAAACUCCGUUCAACUCGAUUUUCAUUUUUUAUGAUUUUCUUGACCUCUGGUUUUUUUUUAUCAGAUUCAAAGGCGAAGAAUUGCAUUGGGUUGUUCAGUUGAUCAUCUGCGUGUUACAAUGCCACACAAUUAUUUUUCAGAUGAUUUAAACCUUGCCUCGAACUUUUAUUUGUGUUGUCAAGUGAAAUUAAGCGAACCGUUUCCGGCCUCUAUAUCAUGCUGAAUUCCUCCUUAAUUUCAAUUUUUACCUAAAUUGCUUUGUGCAUAAUAAACAAAAUAAUUUCAAAGGCAUGCAGGAAAGCUCUC